AUGACAGAAAAUAGACACCUCAUUCCCGUCCUGGUCACCAUGAUGUUGGUGACCGGGGUGUGCAAUACCAUUCUGAAUAAGUAUCAGGACAUGCAAUGUGUCAGGAACUGUGACUCGCCCGAUGUAAGAGACCAUAGCUUGUUCGAGCAACCCGUCAUUCAGACAGCACAAAUGUUUAUCGGUGAAAUGGGCUGCUGGCUCGUCGUCUUUAUAUCUCACCUCUACACUCGCUUCUCAAAACGACAAAGGGCAGCCCCCCUGCUCGCCGGCGGCUAUCGACCUGUUCGUAGCGACGAACCCGAUCAUGAUGUGGACGAGGAGGGCGAAGAGGAAGAAGACCAAACACUCGUUGAUUCCGAAGAAGACCCCGCUGCCAAGCCCCUCAUUGGGUCAGAUACCGGGCGCAUUCAUUUGCGAGGGUGGAGAGUGUUGCUGCUUGCCGCGCCGGCAUGUUGUGACAUCACGGGAACAACACUAAUGAAUGUUGGUUUGUUGUUUGUUGCAGCCAGCAUUUAUCAGAUGACUCGCGGUGCGCUUGUGUUGUUUGUUGGACUCUUCAGCGUCUUGCUUCUGCAUCGCAAACUGUAUCUGUAUCAAUGGCUCGGUCUGGUCGUUGUCGUGUUGGGUGUUGCCUUGGUUGGUCUUGCUGGCGUUCUCUUUGGGAAUAGUCAAGGACAUGAUCUCGAAGAUGGCAUCAACAAUAUAUCCCUGAAAUAUGUGCGAGAUAUUCACACAUCAAGCCAAACGCCUGAAAGCGUUGCUGUUCUGAUCGGGGUGUUUCUGAUAGCUGCCGCGCAAAUUUUUACAGCCUCACAGUUCGUUCUCGAAGAAUGGAUUCUUGAGAACUAUGCUAUGGCACCAUUGAAGGUCGUUGGCUGGGAGGGCAUUUUCGGCUUCUUGGUGACAGUCAUCGCAAUGAUCAUCUUGCAUUUGACUGUUGGAAAGACAGAUGCAGGAAGAUAUGGAUACUUUGAUUUGGCGGAGGGCUGGCAUGAAAUUACCUCCAACCGACAAAUUAUUAUAUCCAGCGUACUAAUAAUGAUAAGCAUUGGCGGAUUCAACUUCUUCGGUCUCUCCGUAACACGAACCGUCUCAGCAACGUCCCGCAGCACAAUCGAUACCUGCCGCACACUAUUCAUCUGGUUGGUCUCCUUGGCCCUUGGCUGGGAAAAUUUCAAAUGGCUUCAAGUCGUCGGUUUUGUAUUGCUUGUCUACGGCACCUUCCUAUUCAACGAUAUCGUGCGACCCCCUCUGAAAGCGCUUUUACCGAAGCGAGAGGUGCUAGUGCAUGAGGAGUUACUUCCAGAGGAACCCAUUGAGCAUAUAUAA